UGUAUUCAGGCCUUAUUUUAUAAUGGCGACUCGUCUCUAGUGUAAAUACUCAUCAAGAAUUUUAUAAUUAAGUGCCUUUAAACUUCCUUUUUUUGUUGUGUCGAAGAAAUAAUUUUAUAUUGAAAUUUUCUUGUACGAUGGAUAAUUAUGAAAUGUACUAUCAGUCACCUUACGACAGCAGCGAAAACACAAAAGGUUACUUUGAAACGGUUGUGGAACCGUUACUCACUCCCGGGAAAGAAGGUGAUUUGUGUGAGUGGUUAAAAUCAGUGGGGCUAAUAUCAAGAGAGAUGAAAUGUCAACAGCCGGAAUGUGGGGAGGAAACACUGACUUGGAGCAAGGCUCGGGUGGUCGACAAACAUAACUGGUGUUGCCCAAAAUGCAAGAAAAAAGUACCCAUCAGACAAGGUUCAUUCUUAUCUGAGUUCAAAUGUGAUUUAAGUUAUGCUGUUCGCGGUAUUCAAUCUUGGUGUAAUAGUCUGCCAGUGGAGGAUAUUUGCGAUCAGAAGUCGUUAAAACCAAAUGUAGCAAAACGUAUUUAUUCUCAGUGUUCAGCAGUUGCGGAGUGGUAUAUCAACAAUCACCCGGAAACAUCACAGCUCGGUGGUCCAGAAGCUGUUAUAAUUGUUGAUGUUUUUCCUGAUGGAUGCAUGAUGCUCACACCUCAUAAUAAUAAUUACAGUAAAAGGAUCCUUUGCAUUGCAGAUACAAAUCACAUACCAACACGAGUAUGGGCCAAGAUUUUGGACUCAAAGGAUAAUUCUAAAAUUGUAGACGCAGUGUUGGCACAUGUAAUGCUCGGGUCAACCAUCGUUACUAGUCAAGGACUUUACUCCGAUCUAUUGCAAGUCAAAGGAAUGACUGAUAUUAUUAGCACAGAUGCUCUUAUGUCUCUGGAUCCUUUAGAUGACCAGAAAUCACUAAAAAAUCUAGAAACUAUUUGGGCUAUGACAGUAAACGUCUGUCAACAAAUUCAAGAACUGAGCAAUUCAAAUGGAGAGCAACUGCUCAGAGAACUUCAGUGGCGGCAGAUUUAUGGUUCCUCACCACUGGAAAAUAUCUUACACCAUAUAGUCAAGUAUAAUGCUGUAAAUGCUCCGGAGAAGUAUGCACUGCCUUCUCAAACCAAUCAUGAAAUAUUGCUUUGAGAAUGUAAGAAUCUUGUUUGAACACUGGGACAAUCAAUGUUGAGUUCACUGUGUCAAAAUUCAACAGGUCAUGCAGGUAAACUUAUGCACCUACAAAAAAAUGUUAACGCUUGCAGGGGUGCAGGAACAAAUUUCCUUCCAUAUUUACAAUGCUUUUCAAAUGAAGUUUGAAAAUGUUCCUCAUUUUAAAGAACCUAUCAAAAAGGUUAAACAAGUUUUGACUGACAAGGGGAGUCUACGAAGUGACAUCCUGGGAUUUGGUUCAUUUU